AAAAAAAGCAAGAUUACAGGGCAGAGUAAUUUCUGUUGCCCAAGGCCCCGCCCACAUCAGGGAGGAGCAACGGUCGGAGCCAGGUUGAAUGAUUAAAUGAUUUUGAACAUUUGAAAUUUUAUCUGAGGCUGACUCCAAGUCUUUACCCAGGAUGGUGUUCAAAGAAACAGAGUCCUUUAUUAAAAGGUUUCCUCUGACUGGACAUGAUAAACCAGUGAAGAUCAUCGCAGAAACACAACCUGACACCAUCACAUCUGUAGGACAAACACACCUGAUGAUUUUCAACUUCAAGAACUCUGAGAAGAUUGUUGCUGAACAGAAGGUGGUUUGGGAGGAUUGCUCAGACAAAGGAUGCAGAUACAACAUCACUGUGGCUAACCAGAGGAACGGAGGAGGAUCCGCAUUUGUGUGUGGAAGCAGUCAUGAGGAAACCAACUGCUGUGAAAUGGAUAUAACAGCAAAUCCUCUAGAAGCCCGAUGUUCUCCCUCUCAGGAACUCCAACAUAUUAAACAAAGUAUUAAAGGAUUUGUCACAAAGGAAGGAGAACAUUCCAUCUUUGUCAAGUCUGGAAAUAACGCUUCGUUAAGUCUUUACAUGACCUCCUCUGGAAAUGGCGAGAACGUCGGGAUUUACCGCUUUGGGAAACAGAAGCUUGCACCUCACAGUCACAGCAACGAACAGCAUUUUGUGGGUCUGAUGCUCAGCAAGAGAGAGAAUUCCCUUCAGGACAGAAUUUACACUUUCUACAAGCAGAAAAACAAAGACACAGCACUGGACAGUGAUAAGUGGAUCCCCUUUGUGAGCCAGGUUUGCACGGCUGACAUUGGGGGCCGUAAGAACCUACUGCAGAAUAAGUGGACCUCCAUGAUGAACGCUCGGCUGUUCUGUGGAGAUCCAGAGAGAAAACAGUAUUUCUCUGAGCUGCUGGAUGUGAACAUUGUGGAUGCAGACCGAUGGGAGGAAACCAAAGUCUAUGCUCUCUUCAGGAAUGAAUGGGGUGUGAGCGCCGUCUGCAUGUACACAGUAGCAGACAUUCAUAAAGUCUUCAUGAAAUCCCCUUUUAAAGAACCUCAAACAAAACGCCAACCGGACAGGCCUCGGGAGUGUGUUCUGGAGAGUUCCAAGAUUUCUACAGCGAUCUUAAACAACAUUAAGGAGGUGUCAGAGAUGGAGGAAUGGGUGAAGCCUGUGAAAAACCAUCUCCCACUUCUGGUUCAUCGUCACAAUUACACUGGGAUCCACGUGGACGCUUCUCAGCACAGCAGCAACACUGUUAUUUUCCUGUCUUUAGCUAACGGUGGGAUUCACAAGGUGCUUCAGAGUGAAAAAGACACCUUUCUCAUUUCUGAGUACCGACCCUUCCACCAUCACGCCCACAUUAGCAGCUUCUUCCUCCACACCCCCACAAGAAAGCUGUAUGUGACGUCACACAGAGAAGUGGUUGAAGUUGAUGUGGUGAACUGUGAGCGGUAUGGAAACAGCUGUGAGGACUGCAUCCUCUCCAGAGACCCUUACUGCAGCUGGAGCAACAACCAGUGCGCAGAGAAACGAAGCUUUCAACAGGAUAUGAUCAGAGGAAACCAGGGUGGAUGCCCACAAUCUCGCUUCCACUCAACAGGGGAAAACAGCCCGAUCGUCCUUCCCUCUGGAUCCAGAUAUUUCCUGCGUUGUCCCGUGUCUUCCCUCCAUGCCGAGUACGUCUGGAAGACCCCCAGCUCCUCAAAGUCCUGCAGCCCAAAGGAGGACGAGUGUCUGCUUCUGAUUGAAAGCAUGAGCUCCCUGCAGGACGGAGGUUAUGAAUGCACGUCAGAGGAGCAGGGCUACAGGAAAGUGGUGGCACAGUACCAGCUGAUGAGCACGGCGCCGGGCCGGACAGCGCCGUCUGGGUUCACGUGGGUCUGUGUGGCUGCUGCACUGAUGGGGAGGUUCAGCUGGUAAAGGUCUGAUGUUACAUCAACAAAAACAAAGUAACUCUGCCUGAGUGAUUCUGUUGAUCACUUUGCCAGUCCCAAGCCUGGAAAAAAAAGAGGAGGAUUUGUUAAUUCUGUUUAUAUUUUAUUGAAUAUCAGAUAAUUUUCUAUAAAAGGACAUUAAAUGAAAAUGGAAAUAAUUUUCUAUUUGGGUACCAACUCAUUUAGCAACUUUUCUUACUGGAGUUUUUCCAAUGCUGAAGACUCACUGCUGCCCUCUAAUGGUCACAGAUGGCAGUACAGCUCAGUCAGUUCAAUGAGGACGAUCAAUUUUAAUAACUUAAAAACUGUGAAGUUGUUGUCACAUUGUGGCUUCAAAUGCGAAGCAGAGACAAAGCUUCAUACCUGCUCAGUUAUAUCACGUUUUAGAGCAGUUUUUCCAAAAUGUGACCCAAACAUCAACAUUUAAACAGGGAUCUGAGCCUCUCUGCAGAGCAGCAGCCAGACUGAUGCUAAAGUUUAUGUUCUGAAAUGUUUCUGAGAACUGCAGCUCUGGUUGAUGACAUUUUGAAUACAUUUUGAUAUAUUUUUUAAUUUGUUUUUUUGCAAAUGUUUACUUGUUCAUAGUUGUAUUUUUGAUAAAUGAAUGUGAUGCAUAUCUUGAUGUUAUAUAAGAUCUGUCAGAGUGGAUGUCACAGACUACCUCAGUUCAGGCAUUGAGUGCAUGAAGCCACACCCACCUCAGGUUGUAACAUUCUUGAAUGAUUUGCUUUUUUGCAGAAUGCUGUGUCAGAAAGUUGCACUUUAACUUCUUUUUUUCAUGUGAUGUUUGUCUGCAUGAUUUGAACUUGUAAAUGCGAAUCCUCUUUGCGAACGUGGAGCGUCCUUCUUUGCCAAAUUUUGUUAUAAAGUAUAAACAUUAUCAAAAGAAAAACAUUUCCUGAGUUCUCAUGUGAAAUUAAUAUAUUUUUUGUUCAACAAUUAUCAAGAAUGUAAUUAUGGAAUAAUCUGUCACUUUAACUUUGACAUGCUGAAUGCUUUGUUUGGACUUUUUUGUAAUCAUCAAAGUCAUGCUUUGUUUUUUUAUGUUUAAAUAAAAUUGGCACAAAACAAAA